AGGGCCAAGUCCUUUUUCGCAGGAGAACGUUUAGGCAGCUGUCACCACCUCCAGACUUCCGGUUCCGGUUCUCAGUUUUCACAGGCCGCCGUCGCUAUGGAGGAACCGGAGAUGCAGCUCAAGGGGAAGAAAGUUACAGACAAGUUCACUGAGAGCGUUUACGUCCUCGCCAAUGAGCCCUCUGUGGCCCUGUACCGGCUGCAGGAGCACGUGCGCCGCUCUCUGCCAGAGCUGGCCCAGCAUAAGGCCGACAUGCAGCGGUGGGAGGAGCAGAGCCAGGGAGCCAUCUACACAGUGGAGUACGCCUGCAGUGCCGUGAAGAACCUUGUCGACAGCAGCGCCUACUUCCGCAGUGUGGAGGGUCUCCUCAAACAGGCCAUCAACAUCCGGGACCACAUGAACGCUGCCGCCCAGGGCCACAGCCCCAAGGAGUUGCCUCCGCCCUCCUCAGCCUGAUCCCGGAAGAGACUCUGAGGGCUUUGGCCCCUCCAGCCAGGCAGAGCCCGGCACGGCGGCUACCACCCAGCUCUGAGCGCCUCACUCCACUGCUGACCUGUGUGACCCUGAGCAAGUUCUUCCCCUCUCUGGCCUCUGCUUUUCCCCUCUGUGGAAGUGACUCAGCAGGUGGCAGAGAGGGCGCUGCUGCAUACGGUGAUGUGUAGUGUAGCAGUCAGCUGCUGCGUGACAAACUAACCCAGAAUUUAGUGGCUUACAGCACCAAUCUAAUUGUUCACGAUUCUCUGAUUUGGGCUGGGCUCAGCUGGGGGCCGUUCGUGUGGCACUUGUCAGAGCUCUGUGGGGCCGAUAGUCAGAGGUGGCCUCACACAUCCGACCCGUGACUGGUGCUGUUGGCUGCAGGGGGUCCAGUUCUCAACUGUGAUGUGGCCACUCCAGCAGGCCAGCCUUGACUUCUGGUGCCUGGGCACCAGGAGGGCAGCCCCGGUGCACACGGGCACAUCCAGCCUCUACUUGCUUCACGUUUGCAGAUGUUCCGUUGGCCAAGGCCAGCCGUGUGGCCAGGCUCAGAGCUGGAUGGUAGAGCACUGCAGGAGGGCAUCAAUACUGGGGGGCCUGGUUGACCGUGGGAGGAGAGCGUGGCUCCAAGACAGGCCUGCUAUACUGUUAUUUUGUGCCCAUGCAGGACAGACCCUGGCCAACCAGAGGCACCCGAGGUUCUUACUGAGCCCCUGGCUUGUGAAGCUCCCGGAGCCUCUGCCCAUCUGUUGAGAUGGCGCUCUGUGCCAUGGGGGCCCUCCCUGGGGGUUGUGGGUGCAUGGCGGGGCACCCCACGGCCCCUGGGGCAGCAGUCCUCAGAGCCAGGAGGCAGCAGAGUUCACACAUGUGCAGUCAGAGCACCAGCCAAGUGCCAGGCUCAGCUCCGGGCCUGGGGGUGGUGAGCAACUCUGACCAGAGUUGGGCCCUUGGGCACAACCUUGUGGGACCUACCAGGGACCAAAGACUGGGCCGGUGUGGCCAGCGUAGUCCUCCCGCUCCUGCCCCAGCCUUCCGAGACGAGAUUUUGUUGCCCUUGGACUCGUACCCUGCAGUAGCCACAUCCCCUCAGACCAAUAACUGCCCCGUGUUAAUCCCCAGCGAUCACACUGUGCUCGGGGAUCUGCCACAGUCAUCCUUCAUCUUUAAACAGCCCUAGAAGGCAAGUGUUGCCCUCGAAUACAGAUGGGAAUAGAGGCUCGAGAGUUGGUGUGACUUGUACAGGGCCUCACAGCUAGAGAUGCAGCCCCCUGCCUGGUUUGGUCCCAGUCUGCCUCUGACAUGCUGUGUGACAUGGGGCCUAGCACGGACCCUCUCUGGUCUUCCCUUUCUCCAACUGGACAAGGAAGAUUGGACUGGACCUUUUGGGAGGCUGAGGUGGACAGUCACGUACCUGCCUGCCUGGUCUGCAUUUUGCCCCAAGAAGAAAACCCACCCUGGGCUUAGGCCUUAUGGAGAAGCUACCAUGGGGCCCAGCUGUACCUGAUACUAAUGCCUAAAUUACUGUAUUUGCUAAAAUUGCUUUGAGCCUGUGUCUUUUGACUACAGAAGAGCCCACUCUGAUCCCUUCGAAUCCUAGGCCUGAGAAGUCAUGACCCAUGGUCUCUACACCUCCAAGACCCGCUGUGUGCCAACACUGUCUGGUAAAAUGUGUCAAGAAGAUCAGAAUGGAGUCGUUUGGGGUCCCAGGCCCACUACUCUGGGAGGAUCCCCCGUAUUUUCUUUGGCACUGUGGGUGUCUGAGAGAGAAGAGUGACAAGGGCC